AUGGAUCCAGUGCUAGGAUAUCAACGCGCCAGAGAAUUACUGAGAGUACGCUUUGGCAGUAGAUUUAAGAUAGGAGAAGCAUGGAUCGAACAGAUAACUAAUGGUUCAACACUUCAUGCAAAUGACAGAACUGGACUACGCAAGUUCGCUGAUGAAUUGCAGGUAUGUCUUGAGACUCUUAAGGCAUUGAAUCUAACAAAGGAAAUCAGCAGUAACAGAGAACUGGUCAAACUGGUAGAAAGACUCCCAUUUCAUCUCAAAGCUAGAUGGUUGAAAGUAGUGAGAGACAUUAGACAAAGAGGCCGAUCUCCAGAUAUCACUGACAUGGUGAAGUUUGUAUCUGAUGCCGCCGAAGAAGUUAACGAUCCAGUCUUCGGUGAGCUGACUGCGACUUCUCCAAGAUCAGCAUCUAAACCAAGCUUCAACAAGCAUAAUUCAAAGAGCAGCUACUCUACAGCAGUCACUGAUAAUUCAAGCUUUCCUAAGCCCAAGAAGUGCUUCAAGUGUUACCAAGACCAUACCUUGUUUGGUUGUGACAGCUUUAAGUCUCUGACACCUGAUGAGAGAUUUAAAUUUGCACAAGAGAACAGACUAUGUUUCAAUUGCUUGCAACAAGGUCAUACCAGCAGAAUUUGUAAGUUGAACCGAACAUGCUCAGUACCAGGAUGUCAGAGAAAACAUACAAAGUUUCUCCACUUAUUUCGGGAAAGCUUGUCACCUGAAAGAGGUACUCCGCAUCAAGAGAUAGAGAAUCAGCCUCAACCAAAUAAACAUUUGAGAUCUUCUUCCACUCAAACGCCACUUGAUGAAAUCCAAACAGCUCAGAAUAGCUUCAUUGAUAAAUCGGUCACAGGGACCGGUAGGUGUGUACUUCCCAUAGUUCCAGUUAGGGUAAGGGCUCACAACGAGAGCAAGUCUGUUGAAACUUAUGCUCUCCUAGACACUGGUUCUACCAGCACGUUUUGUACAGCAGCCCUAUCCAGACAACUUAAUGCAGUGGAAAGGAAGCAAAGUCUAAAUCUAUCAACACUUGGAAGAUCUAACAGCACAGUAGAUACAUCAGUUGUUAGCCUCAUAGUAGACACAGGCAAAGAUACAGAGAUAGUGAAGUUACCACGUGUAUAUACAAGAGAGUCAAUCAACGUCAAAGAAUCUCACAUCGCCAAGAUGGAAGACAUCAGAGGAUGGAACCACCUAGAAGGAAUCAACAUUCCUAUCGUCACACAACAUGAAGUUGGACUUUUGAUCGGACAAGAUGUGCCUGGAGCAUUGAUACCUAUAGAAAUUAGAGCAUCCGAGGAUGGACCUUAUGCUGUAAGAACCAAAUUAGGAUGGGCAGUAAGUGGUCCUGUCCAGCCCAAGAUGCCAGAAGACAUACACACAGCUACUACAAGCUUUGUUGGUAGCGACAUCAAACUGGAGGAUGGCAGACUUCAGAGAUUCAGGAAGAAUGAAAGCUCAGAAGUUCUUCAGAAGGACAAGGUUUCGUCCGUCAAUGUUAGUAAUGCGUCAGCUUUCCGGGAGAGUAGUGGUAAAAAGGAUGGAGUUCACAACCUAUCGCCAACGUCAUUUGAGAAGAAAACGCCAAAACUACCAGACGACAUUUUGACUGCAGAACAGCGUUUGCAGUCGUCACCCAAGAGAUUACUGAUAGAUGAUACACUUCAGAAGAAACACCAAGUGGACGUAGAACAUAUGCUAAAACAAUACAAGAAGAUUAGUGUGGUACCAGGUCGAUUGAAAAUUGAUAAUUUGAUAGCACAGCAAAAGCAGGAAUUGCUAAUCAAGGAAAAGGAAUUUGCAUCAGUUAUCAUGAAUUGUUUUGAAAUGCUCAAAGGAAUGUUCAAAAAUUUGAAACCAAUCAUUCUCAUUGUUUCAAGAUGA